AUGAUUGCUACAUUACGUGUAGAAACUAUAACAUAUGAAAAUAUUAGUAGAAUAUACAAGAAAGCAUUUAAUAAAGCAUUGCAAAAUAAGGAAAAAUCUCAAGAAUUAAUGGAAAUGCUUCAAGAUUUUAUGGAAAAUAAUAUUGAUGAUUAG